AGCCAUCACAGAGCUGCACUGCAUCCUGGUGAAUUCACCAAGCUGAUCCUUGUGACUAGGCUGGUAGCACAGUACCUACUGGUCCCAGCCUCAGCCUUGAUUGACCUGACGGACAGAGCAGCAACACAUGCCAAAAGCAUCGCCCACUCGUUCUAUAGCAGCAUCAUACACAUCCGCACACCGACUGCAUGCACAGCGGCUCGCACACUUGUAACGAACUGGGGCGGAGGAAGCCAGCUCUCGGACCGCCGAGUCGUUCACCCUCAACGACCGACCAGACGCGCAACACGCGCUGCACAAGUGCCCCCUUCAAACGCUUCCCUGCCUCGUAAACGAGUCCGAGCUCCGUAGUAUCCGUUUGUUAAAUCCUCACUGUGGCAGCACGUUGUAGCCUCCAGGUAUCCCUUCCGUAAAGUCCCGUCGAAGCGUGUUUUUCGCGCCAUCCGGAAUAAACCGCGGUUCUUUUUCGUAACACGCGGGACCAGGAGCACCUGAACGAGCCUCCUAGCGCGAAGCUUGUUUAACACGGAGAUGGCCAUGGCGCGGCAGCGCUACCUGCUUCUCACGGCGCUCCUUCUCCUCGUUCUCGCCGCGCUCCCAGCUUCCGAUUCCGCCUCAGACCUCCCGCACCAGCCGAACCUCCUAAAGCGGUUCGUCACGGCGUGGCGGGAGUGGCACGGCACGUCGGCGUCCCGCUCGUCCACGUCAGCAUUGCUUCGGCACCGCCGCUACCUCAGCGCCGACCCGGCAGACGCUGCUGACGUGGCGCGCGUGCUGCGCCGACGUGGCGGGUGGUGGCACGACGCGGACGGUCAGGCGUACGUUUCAACUGCUGGAGAUGAAACGGUGAAGGAGGUGGUUGAUGACGUGACAGAGGGCUUUGUUGCACGGAGAAGGAGAAAGCUGGCUGCGGGGGAUGCCAAGGGCCCCUGCACUCCCCUCGCGGAGGCCAAACUCGUUACAGUCACAACCGAAGAGGAUAUUGCCAAGCGAAAACAGUACUCCAACAAAGAAACCGUUAUCCUGGAAUUGGCAAACGACAUCACUCUUACCAAGGGAAUUGUUUUCGACGCUGCGUAUCGGUGUACCAUCUUCCGAUCGAGCGCGGGUAAAACGAAUUACAAGAUUUCUUACAUGGGGGACAGGGAGCCGCUGCUGCAAAUCUCGAACACCAGCAACGUUAUCAUCUUGCGCAUCAACUUUUGGAUGGGUGUAUCAAUGAGUUCGCCCGAGUGUACUGAUUUCCUGUACACGGAUAUGGGGAUGGGGAACACGUGCCCUACAAUUCUGCUGUGGCGGGUGCACAACACGCAAGUUGCUAAGGGCUUCGUGUAUGGGCGCAUUGAUGUCAUCCGUGCCAUGUCAUCACGCAUCGACAACAUGAAGGGUACAGGGUUACCACUCUUCGUCAAGUCGCCCGGGGUCAUCCGGGUGUCCUUCUCUGGCUACGGCCCCGCUCUCCUCAAAUCCUGGGUGGCCAUUUCCAACAACGAAGUAUACGGCGUGGACCAGCCUAUCACUCUCCUCAACGGCGCGGUUGGAGUGAUGGUCCGACGAAACUACAUCCACGAUUUUCUGUUCGCGGGGAUUCGGUGCGGCGCUGACGUGCACAACCAGGGGGACUGCAUGCUGACGACCAUCAGCAACAACCUCAUCGUCGCGUCGGGGCUCAACAUGUCGGGCGAUCGAGACGCCGCGGGGAUUUACUACUGUACACAUUUCUUCAACCCGGGGAAUGUUGCUGAGUGUAAUUACAUAUUCAACGGCGACCAUUGUUACUAUUUGGAUUACGUUUCGUCGGGGAUUAUCAUUCGCGGAGGGGCGUGUGUGAACACGUUUGACGGAAUGAAGGUCAACAAUGGGAAAUGGAACGUUAUAACGGAUGUUAUUAUGAAGGGGACGCAGAAUCUGCCUGGCUGGGUGGCGUGUUUCACACCCACCAGCAACAACUGCCUCAAACACUCUGGAGAGUACUGGGAGCAAAUGCGGUUAAAAUACUACAAUACACCCGCCAUAUUGAAGGCGUACCCAUGGUUCCCAACCGUCUGCAAAGAGAGGACCAUCAAUGGCUACCCGUGCAACAUACAGAGGAAAGGGACCUUGUCGGGACUCCAGACCGGCUACUGUAGCGGGCUGCCCACAAAUAACACUCUCAAGCUGAUCACAGUGCAGACAUCAGACCAUGAGCUCGGUUUCAGGUACUGCGAACGGCGGCUCCCUACAGUGGAGAGUGGGCGACUCAACACUUACUUAAAAUUCAACAUCUCCAGACCUCCCAGGGCAAAGUUUGCCAACUACCACCGGAACGACUUUGGAGUCACCUCCAGAGAAUCGGUCAUCUACAAAAAGUUCCCCAACUUCAAAAACUGCCCGAGGAGCACUGUCGGGCAGAAGAGAGUUCCGGAUAGUUUCUACUACGGUUGGUACAACCGGCCAAUGCCGUUUGGUUUCAUGGCCGUCUUAAACAUGGGGAAGUUGCACAUCCACGACUCCCCUGGCUGGCCCUAGCGUUCUCUCCCUCUCCCUGUACAUUGCCUGUUGCAUGUGUAAUGCUUACAAGAGUAGAGUUCUGCACGUGUACAGUUUUUAGAAUACGGCCAUCAGCCAAACUGAAAUUCCUCAGCCUG